AUGACACUAUCAUAUGAAAUCCAAGCAUGAUAUAUUACUCAUUUAACACAACUGUAUCAAAAUUUCCGAGUACUCCAGGCUAGUUAAUGUGAUGGCUGAUGAGUGACAAAGUAUCUGAACACUAAAAACAGUAAAGUGUGACAAUUAUUACUGGAUGAAGGGGGGAAAUCCAAACUUCUUCUCAGACAAUCUGAACUUGGGUCUUGAAUAAUGUAGAGGAUGAAGGGGAAGCUAAAUUAUGAAAAGUUUUGAUACCAAAGUUUGUAUAAUAGCAGAUGAUAUGAUAGUGAAGUUUUUUCAUGUCAGUAAUUGUCCAACCUAGGUUUAGUUUUCUAUUUUCAUUUUCUCAAUGAUAAUAUGAUAUGGGUUCAAAUAGUCCAAGAGCAAAGCCACCAGAAAGAUUACUGUAUGGUAACUCUCAACUGAAAAAUGAAGUGUCAUGACACAAGGAAAGGCAUUCACGUAAAGAGGUAAUUCGGAUACUCAAUAUCCAGCCUUUGAUUGACGUUAUUUUUCGGAUACUCAAUAUCCAGCCUUUGAUUGACGUUAUUUUGCUCCUACUUACAGAAAAAGGUUGUAUACAUCAUACUUGAGUCAUUUUUUUCACCUUAAAAGGUUCUUGUUUAAGGAAAACUAAAAUUGCAGAUUAUGAUUAAUUAAGUUAGAUAAAAUAACAUUAAGUUCAGUCAUGGAUCAGUUCGAAACAAAAACUAAUACAUACAUAAUGCACUUCCAUGUAUAAGAAAGAUGAGUUAAGAUGGAACCUUACCAUCUUUCUACACAUGAUCUGUCUCUGCUCUAGAUUCUCCUUGAAUUAUGUUAAGGAUAAAUUGAAAUACACUUCAUAAUUGAGUAUGUUUGUAUAUUCUACUUUUAGCAUACGGCGAGGACGAUCAUAGCAGGUAAGAAGGGAAUCAAUUAUACCAAACCAAAAUAAUGCAGAUGAGGACAAGCUUGAAAGUUGAAAGUGAUAACUCUCUUAAAGGCUAAAACAUCCCACAAGUUUUGUUGGAUUCAUUGGUGGUAGUCCAUUAGUAGUCUGAUUCCAUCAUUGAGUUUACUAAUCAUAAUCAUAAGACCAUUAAAAUGUGACAACAGCAAGUUAGUAAUAAAGUAUGCAAAAUUUUCUAAUGCAGAAAGUGUGUAUAAUGCAUUUAUUAUGAAUGAUGGCCUAAAUUUUGUGUCCUUUAUUAUCAGUAUGAUUGCCUCAGCCUUGUGGGGCUUCCCUUCUUUUGAUUCUCUCUUUUGCAAUUACUUUGAUAAGUCACCUUAAACAAAUUAAUCUCUAUUUGUUAAAUCUAAUCAUUAGUUUACUACUUUUUUGAUAUUCUAGUGUCUCAGUCUGGCUGUCAGAAUUAUUUGGCUAUCUGCUUGUGCUAGGUUCUUGUAAUUUUCUUCCCUCCGCAUUCAGAAGAACAAAAGAACCUUCCUAUUAUUAGAAAAAGGAUUGUAGAUUCUGUGAUUAUACAAUUACUAGGUUGUUUGUAAGCUAUGAAGCUCUCUGAAAAGAUUGUUUGAUGUCAAUUUUUCUAACAUACUUAAACCAUAAGUUGCGGGGAUAGCUCAGUUGGGACUUGGGAGAGCGUCAGACUGAAGAUCUGAAGGUCGCGUGUUCGAUCCACGCUAACCGCAUUUUCUAUCUACCUUUUUAUUCUAAUCCGUUGUUAGGUUUAAUUAUUGUUCUAUUACUUUUUGUAUGAGAUUCCAAUGUCUGUCUAUCAGCAUUAUUUGGAUUUUGCUGGUUUUUGGAGGUUUGCUCAUUCUGUAUUCAGGAAUGUUGAAGGACCAUUGAAUUAUUUUAUUUUUUUUUUGUGUUAAAGGCCUUUCCAUAUAAUAAAAUAGAUACAGUAAGUGUUGAUCCUUUGAUUCUCCUUCACGAACUUGUUUGCAAGCUACGUAGCUUUCAAAAUUAUGUCUUUUGUCAAGUAUUUAACACAUUGUAACCUCAAUAGCUCAGUUGGGAGAGCGUCAGACUGAAGAUCUGAAGGUCGCGUGUUCGAUCCACGCUCACCGCACUCUAGUUACUCUUUUUUGCUCUUCACUGAGACAAUGACUACAUAUUGAUCUUUCCGACUAAUUUACCCUUCAAUUGUUUUCCUAUUUUAAAUGCAAUCUACAAAUUUGAGAUCUGCUUACAAAGUCAAGGUUUGAUGUAGAGGAGUUAUCCUAAACAUCUCACUUUCAAGUUUACUGCAUCCAUGUGGCUGUUUACAUCUAAUGCAUUAUUUUAUAAUUCAUACUAGACUUUCAAAGUUGUGCGUAUGUAAGGAACCGAUUUUAAUAUUUGUUUAAUUUUUAUCUCAGCUUAUUUUGAGGAUCAAGGAGAAGAUAAACUAUCUUUAAUUGAGCCAAAAUUUAAAUACAAUUACUAAUGGUUGUAUUUUCAAUUUGUAAUGUUUCUCUAUUGCUUUUCGAGAUAAAAAUUAUGUCCUCUUGCCAAAUUGCUGUAUUUUGGAAAAUAAAAUAAAAAUUGACCAAGAAAAGAAAUAAAAAGAGAGGAUUAAAGAUGCUAAGCCUGAGAAUAAGUGACUCGCUGGAAUAAUGAUGGAGAUUCGGAUGAUGAGUGCAAUGUGGUGUUGGAUGAGCAUACUGCUGCUGCUGCUGUUACUAACACUCUCAAAUGGUGUAGAAGGUACUGGACGUCUGAAGAGGCCCCUUGUUGUUAAUUUUGGAGACUCGAAUUCAGAUACUGGAGGGGUGCUAGCUGGUACUGGACUUCCCAUUGGCCUGCCGAAUGGUAUUACAUUCUUCCACAGGGGCACAGGCCGAUUAGGCGAUGGUCGUCUUAUAAUUGACUUCUUCUGUGAGCACCUGAAGUUGAACUACCUGAGCCCAUACUUGGAUUCACUGUCACCAAAUUUUACCAGCGGUGUUAACUUUGCUGUCUCGGGUGCAACCCUGCUGCCAAAGUUUGUUCCUUUUGCUUUGAGUGUCCAAGUUCGUCAGUUCAUUCACUUCAAAAAUCGAUCACUUGAGCUCCUUUCACUUGGAUCCAGGGACUUGAUCGACGAAGAAGGGUUCCGCAGAGCACUUUAUACGAUUGACAUUGGACAAAAUGAUCUUCUAUUGGCCCUUUAUGCAUCAAAUAUAACAUAUGAUCCUGUUGCUCAAAAAAUCCCAUCCUUUCUUGAAGAAAUUAGGUUGGCUGUGCAGGUAAGCUCUCAACUUUACCAAUAUGGUGGGAGAAAAUUUUGGAUCCAUAACACAGGGCCCUUAGGCUGUCAACCCAAAGAACUUGCCCUGCAUCCCCACAAAAGCAGUGACCUUGAUCGCGUGGGAUGUCUUCGUGUACAUAACCGAGUUGCAAAAACCUUCAAUAAGGGGCUCCGCACACUGUCUGAGGAUCUAAGAUCGGUGUACAAGGAUGCUGUCAUUGUUUAUGUUGAUGUAUAUUCUGUCAAAUACAGUCUCUCUGCCAACCCUGAAAAAUAUGGAUUCAAAAACCCAUUUGCAGCUUGCUGUGGUCAUGGGGCUCCAUACUUCUACGACAGAAACGCAACAUGUGGGCAGCCAGGUUACAGCAUAUGCAGCAAUGUAUCACAGUCCAUAGUUUGGGAUGGAGUUCAUUAUACUGAAGCUGCUAAUUGUGUAGUAGCUGCAAGAAUACAGUCAGGAGUUUAUUCUAGCCCGAAAAGUAAGCUUGAGCAAUUCUGGAACUAACCCCUGAUUUGCACUAAUAUAGGCUAUUACUAGAGUGAGUACAUUGAAUGUUUGCUUAAUCAUUUCUUGAAGUGGGAUUGAGCAGGAAAUUUAAAGAAAAACUUUGUAGUUUGGAAUGUUUGCUUCAUUCUUUCUGUUUCGGAUGAAAACAAUGGGGCCUUGCCGAAGGCCCGCUGAAGUGGCUGAAGACUGGUCCGGUCCAAUUGAUGCUGGGCCGAAGGUUUCCUGCACAACUAAAACACGUAAACUGGCCUCGGGGGUGGAUCCGAGGAAGACCCCUCCGAUGCCGAAGUCAAACAGUGUUUAGAGAGAGAAAGAUAUGCAAGAGAUUUAAUGCUUGAGGCUUUGUUGUGUUGUAAUGUAUAAAUGAAUGAAUUGAAGGCUUUUAUACCUUUGCACAUGAUGAGGGGAGAGCAAUUGGGCCUUUAAAUAGUCAUGGGCUGACCAUGGCAAUUCGGACCAAAAGACUCUUGGUUGACUUGGCUUAAUUGGAGGCUCGGGCCUUGACCUUGGAAUAUGAAGUCAUUUAGUGAUCAGGCCCAAUAAGAUAAUUGGACCCAAAUACAUGACUAGGCCCAAUUAGAUAAAUUGGACCCAAACACUUUCUUUGACCCAAUCAAGGUUGAAAGACCAGAAUUUGCAUAGUAAUAAUACUUGCUUCCUGGCUGUGAAUUACUUCACAGGAAUAACUUUCGUUGUAGCUUAGAUAAAUAGUCAAAAAUCCUGCAGGGGAAAUAAGAACCAGAAAUCAGGAACAGACUAGUGGAACCCAAUUGAUCGCAACAUGUGACGUUUCAUUUACGCUUUAAUCUGUCAAUGAUUAAGGUUCAAUCAGAGGUUUAUAAACCAUGUAAAAACAUUAGAUGGAAGAGUUAUGGACGAAAGAAAUUAGGAAUACAAUAGGAUGUGUGGACCAUGGGAGAGGAAGAAGAUCAACCAUUAAAUUUUCUUUUUGUUGCUGUUGAUGAAGCCCUUAAUCUAAAGCAAAGCCACCAGACAAAAUCAUUGCAUGACAAUUAUUAAUAAUGGAGGAAUUUUAAGCAUAAAAAGUAUCGAGUUUUUGAAGGAGAACACAUAAUUCAAUAGAGGCGAUUAAGGUAACAGUAUGAGUAAUUAAAAACCAAAUUGAAGCUAGCUACCUACUAAUAAAAGAAGUGAAGUUGACAUGCAUACAUAAAUAAAGAUUGAAAAGCUUGGAAAGAAAGAACACUAAGAAAUAAGAAUGUGAGUAUGAACUAUUACAUCAGCAAUCUUAUCAGUCCCACAGUCUCCACUAUUAAGAGGGAAUCCUAUAAUUAAAGACUGUCUUAUCAUUAGUUCACUUCCAAUUAUCAGAUACCAAGUGAGCCCUUGCAUUUGAAUAUAUAGCUCAAAAAAACCACAAUUUAAGUCUUAUGUAUGUAUAAUGUAUUGGUAUAUGUCAACCUAUGUUGGUUUAUUGUACUCCUUGGUAUAUUGGUAGCUAUGUUGGACGGAAAUACGGAAGGAUGAGGAUUAUCAAAAGUUCGUUAGUACUACAACGUAUUACUAUAGUACUUUACUAAUCUUUAUUAGUGUGUGCAUCAUUUUACAUGUUAUAUUUCAACAACUAAGAUGUAUCUUCUUAGAAAUAUGAAUUUUGGUUUGUUUUUUAACCAAAUCAUUACUUCCUCUCAUCUUUAUUUCUUCUCUCUUUAUAUGUUUAUAUUCUCUCUUCUCAUGACUAACCUCGUUAAUCAUAUGUUUUUUUUUUAAAAAAAAAAAACCUCGUUAAUCAUAUGUUUUUUUUAAAAAAAAAAACCUCGUUAAUCAUAUUCUUACAUUCUCAUAUCUCAUUUUCAAUAUUAUCAGACCCCAUUCUUUAAUCAAUCUAUUACUUGUACUUAGUUAUGAAAUAUGUGAUAUAGAGUACUAAUCAUACUAUAGAAUAUAAUAUACAAGUAACAAUUUUUGCUUUUUUUUUACACUAUACAAGUAAUAAUUUUGGACUCCCCUAUUACUAAAUGCACUUAUGCAACCCAAAAAUGAAAAUGAAAAUUAAAAACCAAAAAAAAAAAAAAAAAAAAAAAAAAAAAAAAA